AUGGAUAGUCCAACAUCACCUUUAGGGACGGGGAACGGCACGGUGGAAAAUGCCCUUGAUAUCAGCAUUCACGUGUUUACGUCCAUCGCCCUAUUCAACGCCCUGGAACUGGCGGUCCUCAUCCUAUUGACUUUCCAUCACCACCGAAGCCUUUACUUUUGGUCUCUGCUGACAUCGACCAUUGUCGGCGUGAUUCCGUACUCUGUUGGGGGUGCCUUGCAGUUCUUUAGCCUGGAACCAUUGUGGCUGAGCGUGAUCUUACAGAAUGUUGGUUGGAUCAUGAUGGUGCCAAACCAGUCUGUGGUGCUCUACUCGCGACUGCACCUGGUGUCGCAAAACACGGCGGUAUUGGGCUUCGUCCGGGCGCUGAUCAUAAUAUGUCUUGUUGUGGUCGUUGCACCGACGAUUGUGUUGAAUGCGGGUUGGUCCUAUAUGCCGGAGUCUCCUGCGUGGGUGCAGGGGUACGCUGCUUAUGAGCGGAUCCAAAUAACAUGGUUCACGGCACAAGAGUGUUUUAUCUCAGGAGUGUAUAUCUGGGAAACUGUCCGAAUGUUUCGUCUAAUUCCGAGCGACGACAAGCGGCGUCGCAAGAUCUUGUACGAACUGCAGGCGGUCAAUGCUAUAACUAUUGUCAUGGACCUAGCACUGAUAGUUCUCCAGUAUCUGAACUACUAUUUUUUGCAGGUCAUUUUGAAAGCGACCGUCUAUAGUGUCAAGUUAAAGCUGGAGUUUGCAGUGCUGAGUUUAUUGAUCACAACUGUGCAUUCGCGCGGCUCGGACGGGACAUUCUGGGUGGUCGACCAAACGACGUUAAAUCACCCCAGCACAAGGUCUGUUGGCGCAGGAGGUAUCUUACCAGAAUAA